CACAAAUAUUACACAGUGUUUUAAUAUCUAGUCUAGCUAGCAGUAACGCCACGGCCUAUAGGCUGCAUGCAUCGCGCUGUGUAAGCGUGUGCCACGGUUAGCCUUUGCCCUAGCGCAGCUGCAGUUGGCGGGGAAGUCUGUCAGAAGUUAGGAAAAACUUAGCCUAAAUAAUCAUGACCGAAUUGAUAGAUUUUACCCUCCCCGGGCCUGCCCCAUGGGGGUUUCGGCUAGCUGGCGGCAAGGAUUUUAAUACACCAGUGCACAUAUCAAAGACAACACCAAAUGGAAAGGCAGCUUACGCAGGGUUGGAACAGAAAGAUGUGGUGUGCGCCAUCAACGGUAACAUUACCUCAGGUAUGACCCACUUUGACGCCCAGGAUGCCAUUAAGGAAGUCACCGGGGACCUCAAACUUAGAGUCAGAAGAGGAGGAGGAUAUGUAGACGCCCCGACACAAUCGAAGGCAGGAAUGACCUUCCAAUCGGCCCCAGCUCCAGUCCGACGCAUGGAACCUGAAGUUCUUCCACCAGCCGGUCCUCAAAUCGUCCACAAGCAGUUCAACUCCCCUGUGGGUCUCUAUUCUGCAGAUAACAUCGCCGAUGCCUUCAAGGGCCAAGUCGAAGGAAUGGGAAUCGAUGCCGGUGCCACCAAGUUUCCUGCGCCUUCUCCGAUGUCACCAAUGUCCCCUAUGUCUCCUAUGUCACCAGGCUUCGGAGGACAAAGCUAUGGGGGACAGCAGAGACAAGGCUUCGGGUCCAGUUCAACACCUUUCGGUUCCUCAGCCCAUGAAGCCACGUACUCAAGACCCAGACCCAUGGCCCAGGUGUAUUCGGGCCAGGCCCCAAGGGCCCAGUCAUACGCACCUCCGAGGCGCCCACCACCAAUCGUCAACCGUCCCAAAGCCCAGCGUGGGCCCCCACCUUCCCAGCAGAAGCCGCAGAGGGCGUUUGCGCCGAACCCAAGUCCCAAAUCAAGGUCGUUCCGGAUGCUUGAGGAGAUGACACAAGAAGAAGAAGCCAGAGCCUUGGAGGAGAUGCAAAUGGCCAACAAAGCCGAGGAGCAAUCAGAGUUCACCCACCGACCACGCCCAAUAGACGACUACGAGCCCUACGACGGAACGCCACGUGGUAAACAAUCCAGAUCUUUCAAAAUGCUACAACAGUUGACGGCUGAAGAAGAGGCUAUGAUUGAAGACUUGUAACUUCAACUGUAUAAAAUCAAAGUGCAUUAUUUUCUUGAAUACUAUUGUCAGUAAUAAAAGAUUCCCCGCGUAUGUAUUAUGCCGAUGUUCAGAAGCAGUGUUUUUGUCAAUCAUGGUUCGUCACGCCACCCGAAAAUGUAAAGGUUCACCACUGGACCUAUUUCGUUUACGGGGAGGGAGCAAAACGAACAUCCGUAAAGAUUUGCCAUUAUUAAAGAUGGAACAUUAGCAUUUUAAACCUGGACAUGGCUUAAAAUAUUGUGAAGGGGAUUUUGGGUAAUCAUAUUCCAAAAAUACGAUUUCAAUCUUAUUUGUACGCAUGCGGGGGAGUAGCCCAGCAAAUUUAUUUUGUCAUCAAUAUCCUGACAUUUUU